GCGGAGGACAAGUGAUUCGGGAUUUCACCGUUAGUUUUGCAUCGACGGUGGUGCUAUAGAGGUGCCGCCGCCGCGCGCGUCCGUGCCAUAAUUGGAGAGGCCAAUUAAGGAUUUCGCCGCACAGAAUCACAUGACGCAAACUCUCAUCAGCGACCGAAUAUGAGUGAGAAGAAGAAGUCUCCCGACGCACAUCCGUGCAGCCCGGCGGCCAGCUGCAGCAGCGGCUCUGCGUCGCAGCCAGAGUCGGACUCGGACUCCCCGGCCUCCCCCGCGGGGUCGGACGGCCGGGGGCCAGCCCGCCCGCCCGGCAUGGCACACAGGCGGGACGGCGAGCCGCGGGAAGAUCGCUUCCCCGCCUGCAUCCGCGACGCGGUGUCCCAGGUGCUCAAGGGGUACGACUGGACGCUGGUGCCGAUGCCCUCUCAGGGGGAGAGGGGGCAGAAGAGUAAUAAGCCUCACGUGAAGCGACCGAUGAACGCCUUCAUGGUGUGGGCGCAGGCUGCACGGAGGAAGCUGGCGGACCAGUACCCCCACCUGCACAACGCGGAGCUCAGCAAGACGCUGGGCAAACUCUGGCGCCUGCUCUCUGAGAGCGAGAAGCGUCCCUUCAUCGAGGAGGCCGAGAGACUACGGCUGCAGCACAAGAAAGACUACCCAGACUACAAGUACCAACCUCGGAGACGCAAGAGCAUCAAACCAGGCCAAGUGGACUCGGUCCCCCGGCCCACGCUGACCCAGCAGCACCAGCAGAGCUUGUUUAAGACCGAACCAGGGAUGGUGAAAAUGGUCGGCAUGGAGAAUGUACACCACCAUUACCAUUUGGACAGAACAGGUCAACCUCAUGGCCCGCCAACGCCUCCCACCACCCCUAAAACGGACCUGCACCUCGGGAUCAAACGCGAGGGUCAUCAGCCCCCGGAUGGCAGCACCAGCUUAGUUCCUGGUACCAGUCGUCAAAACAUCGACUUCAGUAACGUGGACAUCUCAGAGCUCAGCACCGACGUCAUCAGCACCAUGGAGGGGUUCGAUGUCGGCGAGUUUGACCAAUACCUGCCUCUCGGCAGUCAUGGCCCUGCCUCUUUACCGCCGCCAGAUAACGGCCACGGAUCCAACACCCCCUCUGGAUCGCUCAAACUGCCUUACGCCCACUCCCACUCCACCACCAUUCCCCCGUGGGCUCCUAAAAUGGGCUCCACACCAGGGAUAGCUCCUCCCUCCAUUGUGUGCUCACCUAAUAACGAGAGCGACUCCAGGCCUCAAAUCAAAACUGAGCAGAUGAGCCCGGGUCACUACAGCGGCCAUUCCUCCCACUGCUCUUCUUCUGCCUCCCCUCCGCCACCGUCCCACCCCGAGUACACCUCCCAGGGCUUGGCGAUGUGUUCCGCUCCAUCCUCCUCCACCAUGGGCCAGUGUGACUACACAGAUCUCCAAAGCCCCAGCUACUACAGCGCCUAUUCAGGGUACCCCACCGGGCUCUACCAGUACCAGUACUUCCACUCUCCUCACAGGCCCUACGCUACGCCACUUAUCAACAGCCUGGCGUUGGCACCACCACCCUGCAGCCCUUCCGGCAGUUGGGAUCAACCUGUCUACACCACACUGACUAGGCCCUGA